AUGUCACUCGAAAUCGAAUCAGCUGAUGUUAUUCGUCUUAUACAACAAUAUCUUAAAGAAAAUAAUCUCUUACGUACUUUAGCUCAAUUACAAGAAGAAAGUGGUAUAUCAUUAAAUACAGUUGAUUCUAUUGAAAGUUUUAGUAGUGAAAUAAAUAAUGGUCAUUGGGAUACUGUUUUACAAACAAUUCAAUCACUUAAAUUACCUGAUAAUAAACUCAUUGAUCUUUAUGAACAAAUUGUUAUUGAAUUAAUUGAAUUACGUGAAUUAGGAGCAGCACGUACAUUAUUACGUCAAACAGAUCCAAUGAUAAUGCUUAAACAACAACAACCAGAUCGUUAUGUACAUUUAGAAGAUUUACUUACACGAUCUUAUUUUGAUCCAAGAGAAGCAUAUGCUGAAGGACAGAAUAAAGAAAAACGUCGUCAAGCUAUUGCUACUGCACUUUCAGGUGAAGUUAGUGUUGUACCUGCUUCACGUUUACUUGCUCUUUUGGGUCAAGCAUUGAAAUGGCAACAACAUCAAGGACUUUUACCACCUGGUACUUCAAUUGAUUUAUUUCGUGGCAAAGCUCAAGUACGUGAACAAGAAGAAGAAAAAUAUCCAAGUCAAUUAAGUCGUGUGAUGAAAUUUGCUGCUAAAGCUCAUGUUGAAUGUGCACGUUUUUCACCUGAUGGUCAAUACCUUGUAACUGGUUCAUUCGAUGGUAUAAUUGAAGUAUGGAAUUUUACAACAGGAAAAAUUCGUAAAGAUCUUAAAUAUCAAGCUCAAGAACAAUUUAUGGUUAUGGAUGGUGCUGUUUUAGCAUUAUGUUUUAGUCGAGAUUCAGAAAUGUUAGCAUCAGGUAGUCAAGAUGGACAAAUUAAAAUUUGGAAAGUAUUAACUGGUCAAUGUUUACGAAAAUUUGAUAAAGCACAUUUAAAAGGUGUAACAAGUUUGGCAUUUUCAAAAGAUAGUACACAAUUAUUAAGUGCAUCGUUUGAUCAUUUUAUUCGAAUACAUGGAUUAAAAUCUGGUAAAGUUAUAAAAGAAUUUCGUGGACAUGUUUCAUUUGUAAAUAAUGCAAUAUUUACAGCAGAUAGUCAUCAUGUUUUGAGUGCAAGUUCAGAUGGUUCAGUUAAAUUUUGGAGUAUAAAAACAUCUGAAUGUACAGCAACAUUUAAAUCAUUUGGAAGUACAGAUAUAACGGUUAAUAGUGUUCAUUUAUUAGCAAAAAAUCCUGAACAAUUUGUUGUAUGUAAUAGAAGUAAUACUGUUGUUAUUAUGAAUAUGCAAGGACAAAUUGUGAGAAGUUUUACAAAUGGUAAAAAAGAAAAUGGUGAUUUUAUUUGUUGUUGUGUAUCACCACGUGGUGAAUGGAUUUAUUGUUGUGGUGAAGAUAUGAUGCUUUAUUGUUUUAGUGUACAAACUGGUAAACUUGAAAAAGUUUUAUCAAUUCAUGAAAAAGAUGUGAUUGGAAUUACUCAUCAUCCACAUCAAAAUUUAAUCGCAACAUUUUCAGAAGAUGGAACAUUGAAAUUAUGGAAAUCUUAG